AAAGACAUCAGAGCACUCAUCUUUGAUGGUCGAACCCGGGUUACAGUUAGAUUGCUCAUCCCCUUUUUCCAUCUGAAAUUCAACUUUUUUUCAGAACUUUCGCGAGUCCGGCUGUUGAUCGAUUAAUCUAUGAGGGGAAUGGCGCCGACUGCACUCAUGUCGCGCUUCGGAGAAUCGGUCACCGCGAAUGCCUUCAGAUCUUAUCUCGCCGAGUUCAUCUCCACUUUCUUUUACGUGCUUGCCGUUGUCGGAUCCGCCAUGUCUUCCCGGAAGAUGUUGCCGGAUGCGGCGGUCGAACCGUCGAGCCUCGUGGUGGUGGCAAUGUGCAACACAUUGGCGUUGGCGACGGCGGUGUACAUAUCAGCAAGCAUAUCCGGAGGGCAUGUGAAUCCGGCGGUGACGUUCGGGAAGGCGGUGGGAGGCCACAUCAGCGUUCCGACGGCCCUCUUCUACUGGACUGCCCAAAUGCUGGCUUCUGUCAUGGCCUCUGUCCUCUUGAAAGCCGCCACGGCCGGUCAGGCAGUGCCAACAUUCAGAAUAGCAGGAGAAAUGACAGGAUUUGGAGCAUCAGUGCUUGAAGCAUUCCUGACAUUUGCUCUGGUCUACACUAUUUAUGCUGCUGGAGACCCAAGGCACGGUCAGAUAGGAGCAAUCGGACCCAUCGCGAUCGGGUUCGCUGCGGGAGCCGGAGUCCUAGCCUCGGGCCCGUUCUCGGGUGGUUCCAUGAAUCCAGCAUGCUCGUUCGGGUCUGCUCUCGUGGCGGGCACCUUCAAGAACCAGGCAGUGUACUGGGUCGGGCCUUUGAUUGGGGCCGCGGUGGCAGGUCUCCUCUAUGAUAAUCUGGUGUUUGCUUCUCCGGCGGCGGCGGCGGCGGAUCCAAGCAGGGGGAUGUCGGCAGGAUUUGGGGUCUAAGGACGUGUCUCAUUAGCAAGUGUAUCGUGCUUUAGUUUGUGUGCGUGUUUGUGUAUUGUUUUACCUUCAUAUUUUUAGAUCGAAAUUAGACAGAUCUUUGUUCAUGACUCUUCCUGAUUGUUGUUGUUGAAAAGUUGUAGUGUAUCCU